GAAUGGCAGGGCGAAUUGGUGUGUGCCAAGCUCUACUUCACCAACAACCUCUCCGUGCCUGUCCGCGCCACAGAACCCCUGGACCAGUCGUCCGGGGCGCCGGUUUUCCGCGACCGUUUGAGGCCAGUCGUCAAGGCGCCUCCGUCCGCCUCUCAGACGACCAGUCUGGAAGGCUCUGCGACUAACCGAACCGCCAGCACUGCCUCGCGAAGAUUUGCCUCCACAAAACGAUGCUUUGGCUUGACGACAACGACAACCGCCACGACGGCCAUGACAACAAUCACAACCGGCGGAGCCGAUUCAAUCGGCGAAGCCGGUACCCCCAUCGACGGUGACCUCGGAGCCCGAAAAGGUCAGCCGCGGUCGACACCGGCGUCCGGUGGCACCGGAGGUUGUCAACUCUCAGACGCCGUCUGGUCACGGACCGUCCGACUGCAUCGACUCGUUCUGUUGCGUCACUCCGGCGUGCAUGGCAUCACAGCAGCCGACUGGUUCCUGUUACCGGGCCGGUCGUCAAGGCCGACCGGUAGAAAUGGUAUUCCACAAAAAUCGACGGCAUCAUCGGCCUGGGCCGGUCUCAUGCAGGCACAGUUGGCCGGAUUCGCGGAGACCCGUGGACUGUCGUCGAGCUCGGGCGGAGGGUUCGGCGUUGGUCUGGUUCUGGGCGAACUGCACGCGUGGGGCAGCCUGCGAGACGUCUUCGGCAGUACAUGUUGGCGACAAGUGGGCCGAAGCCCGAAACCCGGCGUCUUGAGGCGGGCUUCUCUGUCGACCGAGGGACGGGAUGAUGCCGGAGUCGAGGCCUGCAUCACCUCAAUCGUCCUCAAGAUGAGCACCAGCCUGGCCAGUGGAUUGAGCUACCUGCAUUCCGGUAACUCGUCGCUUGUCCCUCUUCUUGCGGACACUUUUGCUCGGUUGUCGUCGGCUUGA